UUUUCUAAUCUGUAAACUAAAAUUGGGCAUGACCAUGGGGGCCAGGCUGUGGGUGUAGCCACUGAGACAGCUGGGGGAGAGCGAGAGAGGAGGAAAGGCAAGCCAGCACCAGCCAAGCAGCCUGCACUCCUGCUGGGGAAGAUGGGGGAGACAGAGGAGGAGAAGGACCAGGCAGGGAAGCUGUUUGAGAACUUCAUCCAAGCCUCCACCUGUAAGGGCACCCUGCAGUCCUUCAACCUCCUGUGCAGGCUGCUGGAUCUAGACCCUCAGGACCAUGAGACGUUCUACUGUAGUCUGAAGACCAGGCUCACCUCCUGGAGGGCCAAGGCCCUCUGGACCAAGCUGGACAAGAGAACCUGCCACAAGGAGUAUAAGAAGGGCCAGGCUUGUGUGGGCACCAAGUGCCUGAUCAUUGGGGGAGGUCCAUGUGGCUUGCGGACGGCCAUCGAGCUGGCUCUGCUGGGGGCCAAGGUGGUGGUGAUUGAGAAGAGGGACACCUUCUCCAGGAACAACGUGCUGCACCUGUGGCCCUACACCAUCCACGACCUCAAGGGCCUCGGGGCUAAGAAGUUCUACGGCAAAUUCUGCGCUGGAGCCAUAGACCACAUCAGUAUUCGUCAGCUCCAGCUCAUGCUGCUGAAGAUCGCCCUGCUCGUAGCUGUGGAGUUCCAUGUCAAUGUGGAGUUUGUCAAACUGCUGGAACCUCCAGAGAACCAGGAGAAUAACGGGCCUGGCUGGAGAGCUGAGAUCAGGCCUGCCGAUCACCCCGUGGCAAACAUUGACUUUGACGUGGUGGUGGGGGCUGAUGGGAGGAGAAAUACCCUGGAAGGGUUCAAGAGGAAGGAGUUCCGUGGUAAGCUGGCUAUCGCCAUCACGGCCAACUUUGUCAACAGGAACACCACGGCCGAGGCCAAGGUGGAGGAGAUCAGCGGUGUGGCCUUCAUCUUUAACCAGAAGUUCUUCCUGGACCUCAAAGAGGAGACAGGUAUUGACCUGGAGAACAUUGUGUACUACAAGGACAACACACACUACUUUGUCAUGACAGCAAAGAAGCAGAGCCUACUGGACAAGGGUGUCAUCAUUCACGACUACAUAGACACAGAGAUGCUGCUGAGCAGUGAGAAUGUGAACCAGGAAGCUCUGCUGGGUUAUGCCCGUGAAGCUGCUGACUUUGGCACCAACUACCAGCUUCCCACGCUGGACUUUGCCAUAAAUGCCUGUGGCCAGCCGGACGUGGCCAUGUUUGACUUCACCAGCAUGUAUGCCUCGGAGAACGCAGCGCUGGUCAGAGAACGCUUCGGACAUCAGCUACUGGUGGCACUGGUUGGGGACAGCUUGUUAGAGCCGUUCUGGCCAAUGGGUACAGGGUGUGCGAGAGGCUUCCUGGCUGCUUUUGACUCAGCCUGGAUGGUGAAAAGGUGGGCUGAGGGCAGGACCCCUCUGGAGGUGCUAGCUGAGAGGGAGAGUCUUUACAGAAUCCUGCCGCAGACAACCACUGAAAACAUUGGCAAAAACUUUGAGCAGUACACCAUUGACCCGGGGACUCGGUAUCCCAACCUCAUCUCCACCUGUGUCAGGCAAAACCAGGUGCGUCACCUGUACAUCAAUGGAGAGCUGCCAGUGAAGUCGUGCUCUCUGGAGCGUAAUGGUACAAUACGUCGCCCUGUGAACCUGGCCAGACGAGAGUCGGAGAUCAGGCCGGGCAGGCUGCUGACGUGGUGUCAGAAACAGACCGAGGGCUACAGGAACGUGAGCGUGACAGACCUGACCACCUCGUGGCAGAGCGGCCUGGCUCUCUGUGCCCUCAUCCACCGGUUCAGAUCCCACCUCAUAGAGUUUGAUUCGCUGAAUGAGGAGGAUUCGGCUAACAACCUCCAGCUGGCAUGUGACCUGGCUGAGCGGGAGUUUGGGAUCCGGCCCUUCACCACUGGGGUGGAGAUGGCUGCUGGUCAGGAACCAGACAAGACCAGAAUGGUCACCUACCUCUCCAAGUUCUACGAGCUGUUCCGUGGCACCCCCCUGCCCGUCUCAGAUUCUAGAGGGGCCGACGAAAACAGUGAAGACUAUCCUUCAAAGGCAGUCAGAAGUAUGAACAAAGUUCUGAACUUGGUACCAAGAAAAAGGGUACCAAAGGAUGAGAAGAAGCUAGAAGAUACUGACCCAACGUACAAAAGGAGACGAAAAGUCUGCAGUUAUUUGGAAGAGGCAACCAACUUCUCCAGUCAGAGUGCGUCCUGUGUGGGUGAGGGGAGGGGGGUUAAGGAGAACAAGGUCCGCUCCAUGGCCAGCCAACUCCUGUCCAAGUUUGAGGAGAGCAACCCCAGCUUCACCCUCCGGAGACAGUCUCAGUGUGAUUGGGGUUCUGAGAGGGCCCCUCGGCCACGCUCCAUGGACAUGACUGAGACCCCACGCUUCACCAACCUCAGGCAGCAGACCCCACUCAACCCUCCCCCCAAGACACAGUUUCCGUCUGCAACCUGUGCCAAAUUUGCAGCUGAGUGCUUCGCUCGGCCCCCACCACAGCCUCCUCCCAAACCCAAGCUCUCUCCCCAGCUCCAAGCCCAGCUUCAGUCUCAGCACCAGCCCCAACCCCAACCCCAGUUCCAGCCCCAACCUAAGCUCCAAACCCCAUCCAUCCCAAAUCCCACCCUCAGGAAGGUCAGACAGGCUGAUCAGACAUAUGCUCAGACGCAACCUCAGACGCUUCCUCAAAAGCCAGAGAGCACAGAGUACCCUGGCUACUCUUCCUCCUGCCACUCAGCGGUCCUAGCCAUGUCUAGAAUGCUCCAACGCCUUCAGGAAGUGGAGGAAAAGAUCACCCAGAAGAAAGCUCAGACCCAGAAUGCUAGAGAGUUUCAUAAUAAAAGUAUCAAGGAGAAAGCGGUCCACCUGAGAGCACUGUUCUCUGGGGAUGUGACCUCUACGUCCCAGCCUGGAUCUGCUGAACAGACCAUUCCCUCUCCUCCCAUCCUCCCUGCUCCCACUCCUAAAGUCACUUCCCUCCUUUGUCCAGAAAUCACCCUUUCUACCUUCUCACUCCCUCAAACCAUGUCUUCACCCUCAUCCAUUCUACUCCAACUCAAGACCAGUCAAUCUGGGGCACUAGAUAUGCAGCUUUGUAAGAAGGAAAUGCAAAGAGAUCCCUUGAAUGAGUCACAUGUGUGUCACAGCAGUGGCUCCACAUAUAUAUCCCAACAACAACGCACUGCAAUACUACAACCAAAGCCAGAACCUGGUUUUAAUAACGUCAAACAGAGGACGGUGGGGAAGGUGUCUCUGGCUAUAGCAGCCAGGGCUGAGACGCUGGUCACCCUCUAUGAGACUGACCACAGGCCUAAAGCCUCCUCCCCCUGUUCACCCCCAGCCUCUGCGCCUCUGUCUCCGGGUUCCUUGCGGAGGGAGUUCCCCGGGUCUGGUGACCAGUGUCACUCCUGUCAGAAGCGUGUGUACGUGGUGGAAAGGAUCAGUGCUGAGGGACUUUAUUUCCACAGGGAGUGCUUUCGCUGUGACACCUGUGGCUCCAUCCUGCGCCAGGGAGGCCAUGCCUUCGACUCUGAGCAGGGCAAGUUGUACUGCAAGCUGCACUUCACACAACGUAAAAAUGGAAUGAACCAUCGGAGGACAUUCAAUUCACAUCUGGGUCAGAAUGGAGCCGGGGUUCAGGAGGGAUCAGAGACACAGACUCUCAACUGUGACCCAACAGAAGGACGGCAGAGCCAGUCACCAGGUACCAUCAGCUCCCGCCUGAGGAAGUGCCUGAGCUGGCCCCUGAGUGUGACCCGGGCUGUGUGUGACUCCCCCCGCCUCCUGUCUCGCUGGGUGCAUGGUACGGCCCAUGCUGUGGGCCUCCACUUUAGAGCCAAUGUGGAGGACUAUGUCUUCCUGUAUGAGCUGCUGAGCCUGGGAGUGCCCCUGCUGUUCAUGCUCCAGGAGGUGCUGCUGCAGAUGUACUCUGAAACCGGGCCUAUCUCCCAGUCCAUCCAGCCCCUACUGCUGUGGCUGGAGGAACACCUAGGCCAUAGGUUCAUGUAGAGGCCCACCAGGGAGGGAAGCUUAAUCCUAAUCCUAACCCUAUCCCUAUCCCUAACCUUCAUGCAAUAGGGUUUGAAGCCUGGCCGAACAUUAACUGGCGUAUCUUGCAUUUGUGCCAUGUCAUAUGAUGGCAAGCUACUGUUUGACCAUGUGUACAAGCACCUUGUUAAUAUUUUCUCACAGAAUAUGUAGCUGUCAGUGCAUUAGAUCUAGUCCUACACCAACCAAAGAACAAAUAACAUUUUCCAAGUGGUAGCUUGGUUUGUGAUACGUGCAAUGUUUUCAUGAACAUGACAUUUUUCUUUAUGAUGAGGGGUAAUGUGCUGUACAUGGUUUCAUGGUGGUCUAAAUCAUUUACGGUAUGUGGUUGAUAUGACUGCUGAAAUCAUCCAAUCUAUAUUGCUCUAGAGUUGAGUCUUUCAACAACUGGCUGUCAAAGUCGAGCCAGUUUUUACAUGGCUUAACUCAGGUUAUGACAGAUUUUUUUGUGUGGAAAAAGUAAUCUAAAUGAAAAGACUGACUUGAAGCACUUUAACUUGGGGAGCUGCCUUGACCUGUGGCUGAUGCCUGAUGAAUGGUGUGGGAGUUAAUGGCUGCCUAAUGGCUGUCCAGGUCUUGGAUAAUGACUAGUGCUGACACUGCACGUUUACUAAACCCUGCUGAACUCACAGGUCAGGGUCGGGAUCUGGGUCGGGGGACAACGUGGAUCUGUGCUCGACAAGGUUUUCUCAUCUUUUUUUCAAUUUCAAUAUUGUUUGACACAAAUUAAAAUGUUAGUUUUUAUUGUAAGAUCUCGUAUGACACCGUGACCAUAGUGUACUUUCGCUACACAUUAUGAUAACUUUUAUUGCUUUAUUUUAUGGCCCAGUGCCUCCAGUAUUUUUGUGCAUUGUCUGUUAUACUUAAAAAGGGGAAAAGGUUUCAUGAACAUGGGCUUUGGUUUACUACUCCAGUUCAUGGACUGUUUAAUGCUUACUCAUUGCUGCCACCUGUUGGUGAAACAGAUGCAAGGCCAAAUUCUAUUUACUGUAUGAUCAGGUGGAAUAAGAGACAAUCUUCUAAAGAGUUGUUGUAUGCUUGUAAUAGAUGAGGUUCUUCUUCAUUUUUAUUAUUUGUACAGGUCUAUUUCACUUCAAUAUGUUUUUCAGAAUGUUAAGAAUAUUGCUGAAUUGAAUUGUUCAGAAGGACUGAAUCAGACAUGAUAACACAGGCUAUGUUUGAAUGCUGUGGUGUGUAUGUGCUUGCCACUCAUCUCACUGUUAAUAACCAUGUUAAGUAUGAUAGCAGGAUAUCAGCUUUAUUACCAAUACAAAUUCCAAAGAUACAGUUGGUGCACUUUAAAAAUUAGAAGUGUUUUCAGCCCUAACCAGAAGUUACAUCAUUCAUGCAGUACACUUGUACAGUGCUAAAUUGCAUGUUGUUGAAUAGCACAAUCUCAUGUUAUCUAACAAUUACAAAGUUUCUAUGCAUUUGAACUGGAUUUGAUCCUUCCUCUGAUUUUUCUCUAUAUUCUAACCUACUAUAUUUCCUUCCUUUCAUUUCUAUUCUUGUUCACUUGGAAGUCUAUUUUCAACUUUCUGAUGAUGGGCCUCCUGAUUGGUUAGGAGACAUGCCAUUCUGAAGGUGAUCACCUGCAUGGUCACAUGGUUUUGUGAACAAUGUUUUGGAGUGGAUGCUUUGUUAGAUUAGUCCAAUUACUGUCAGCAUUUCCACACACAAGUAAAAAAUGCUUCUAACCCCUGUGUUUGAGCUACCGACUGCAGUUUUUAGCAUAGGAUUUUUCUAUUUCGUCUGCAUCCACCGAUAUUAAACCCCAAAAACGAUUCUUCUCACAAAAAUGUCUAAUCUACAAACUAUUAUGACCGUACUCUGAAAGGCUGAGAUUCUCACAAACACGUAAAUGUAAUCUGGUCUGCUCUAUGACGCUCAUAAGCCAAUCAAGAGUUGUUUGGAGGUAAGAGGUUCUUCUUAGUAGAUCAUAGGAAAUCUCAGGACAUAGUGUCUAUAAACUCACAUAGUUGCUGUCACAAACUCCAUACUCCACACAGUUGUCACUGACUAGUUGGAUAUUAAUUUCCCACUAAGCAAACCAUUUUUGAAUUUACAAUUGUAAUUAUUAUAUACUCAUCUUUAAUCAGCUUUUUUUGGGGCUGGACCUUGUUUUUUUUAUAGACAUUUGUCAAUAAAACUCAUGAAUGCAACUGUUUAUGUCAAAUGUUAUGUUCUACUUGUAGCCCUGGUUGUCCUGAAAAUAACAUGGUAGAACACGUCAAUGUGAGGCUAAAUAUGUGGGAUUCCCUGGAACCUAUGAAGUUAUUAAACUACUAAUGUCUGUGUCCUGCACCCCCAGCAGAACCAUAACUACAGCACACACUUGUUAUAGGUUGAAACGCAUCAUAAUACCAUGAUGUUCAGUCACACCUUCUAAGAGACUGUCUUUUCAGUGUCUGCAUGCAUAACCAGGAAACUGUGGUGUUCGGACUGCAUUGGUCUUCCCGAGUGCAUGUUGAACGAUUGACAGACAGCUUUCUGUCAUGUAAAGGCAUGCCACUUUUUCUCCCAUCUUUUGCCAUCUUUCUUUCUCUCUUCCAGACGCUGUCACCCAGGAUAACUUUUUCGUGACCCACACAAACAAAGGGAAUGAAUCUCCCAACAGGUUCAUAGCUCAUGUUGUCUUAAAUGAAUACAUUGAACAAUGUUUUAUGGGACUUCAAAUGCAGCCUGCUUUUCUCAUGGAGAUUCUGUGUUGCUUUAUGUAUGACCUAAAGCAACAAAUGUAAAUAAAGUGAUUUGUCAUCUUGA